AUAAUGCUGCACAGAACAUCUUCUUCACGGCGACGUCGAGCGUCGAGAAGUGCCGCGACUUCUCCUCAAACUAGAUCUCCAAGACCAUCAGCACAGUCUUCUCGCCGAGCUUCUCUUGCAACUACAGAAACUGAUGACGAACUUGAACAACCACCACAAAGAAGUCCAAGAGCGAGUCUAGCGCCUGAUGCAGCAUUGGAAACCUACCACCGAAGUCCCCGACAUUCCUUAGUACCAGAAACUAGAUCUCCUAGAAACUCUAUAACACCAGAAACAGCAUUAUCUAGGAAUACUUUGGCACCUACUAGGAAUAAUUUAAGUGUUGAACAAACUUAUGGAUCAAGAUUAAGCUUAAAUCCUCAGGAUUUCAAUAGAAGUCCCAGAAAUAGUAUAACACCGGAUAUGUCUGCUAGAAGUCCUAGAAGAAGCUUAGUUCCGGAUGGAAUGUCAUGGAAUCAACCGAGGAAUUCUUUAGUUCCAGAUGUUGGACGUAGUCCUCGUCAUUCCGUUGCCAACAUACAAAUCGAUCCGGCUCGGACGCAAAAGGAACUAAGACCGAGUCCUAGGACUAGUCCUAGAGGAAGCGUAGUGCCGGAAAUAUUAAAAAAAGAAUGCCCAGAUUUAAACAGGAGUCCAAGAGGUUCACUGAUUCCAGACUCCCAAAGAAGUCCGAGGGGAAGCAUCGCUCCUUCCGAAAGAAGUGCAAGGGGAAGUCUAGUAGCUGGCGAUAUUGAAGCUGCAAGAAUAAGUCCUAGAGGCAGUUUGACUUUAACUUUUCAAGAGCCAUUAGUAUCCAGAGAACGACGUGCUAGCGAAGAUAGUCAAAGCGCCGGUGAAGGACGCGUAUCUCCAUAUCGAGCGUCAUUAGGAGGUCGGCAGAGUGGAGCUGGUGCUCUAUCUGACACGGGGUCUCGAAGAGCUUCCAGUUCUGUUAGUCAAGUAUCUGGAGAUGAACAGCGAAGACUGUGCGGAGAACAGGCAAAGUACAGCGAAAGAAGUGGUCUAGGAUUGGGAGUCAGUCUCACCACGUAUGGCUCUGUCGCUUAUCAGCUCAAAGAUGCGAACAUGGAAGCUACCAGCACAAUUGACUUCGUUUGCAGAGCUGCUAAGAUCAUGAAUAGAACUAUUGUGAUGACCGUAUGCCUGGGCCUCCUGUCAACUUUACCUGUGGUUAUGCUGAUAAUGGGUGUUCAGUACAUCCGUGACUGCCCAGCGGAGCCUCGUAUCCCAGUGUACAUGGUGGUUGGUGGUGCUGCUGGGGGCAUUGGAAUAUGUUGGCUGCUCUGGGCGCAACUGGCCAGUAGGAGCGCGAACACAACAGCAAGCGUGCCAGAGCGAAUACUCGCGUAUUUGCUUACUAUAUUUCUCAUGGGUUGGUUCGCAUUUGGAAACUAUUGGAUCUUUGGUCUCAUGUGGCCAGACUAUGCUCCAACACUGUUUGAACCAAAUCAGUGGUGCCACAAGACCCUUUACGUUUUUUCGUUGGCUCAGCUUGGCGUGGUUUGGAGUGUCAUCGCGAUAGUACUGAUGAUUAUCUUAGCGCUGGUUAUCUGUCAAGUAUUCGGCUGCGGUUGGCUAGGACCACCAAGAUAUAAGUAG